AUGGCAACCAAUUGUGAAAAACGGUUAUUGAAACAAUUUCUGGAUGGAAUCGAAACAAAUGAAUUAUGCAAAAUUGUCCGAUCCGUCUACCAUGGAGGUGGAAUCACUACAAAUACCCGAGAAGAUGCUGAAUUGUUAUUAUUGUCUCAGCCUUAUGUGCGGGUAUUGUCCAGUAAAAAAGUACAUAUGACUAUGUUGUUGAAGUUUUUAAUUUCAAAAGGUUUAGUACCUACUACAGAUAUGACAAAAGCUGAUUUAUGUUUGGCUUUUAAGGCAUUAAUUGAAAAUCAGCCAGAUUAUAUCAGCCCGCCAGUACAAUCUAUUCCUAAUAAUAUGCUUGCAAUAUCUCAAAAUAACAAUAUGAUGCAUACUCAACCCUAUCAACAAAUGGCUGUUCACCAGAUGCCUAUGUCAAUGCCAACACCAAAUAAUAUGGGACUCGAACCUAGUACAAAAUCUCGAAAAGAUCGUGAUAACGAAUUACUAGAAGAAUUCAUUGAAAUGUUUGCUAAACAUUUUUAUGAUUUAUUAAAUGAUCUUGGUGUUCCAGGAAAAAAUCAAUUAGACACUCGUCAUUUUUAUGAAAAUUGUACAAUGUCGUUAAAAAUUCUUGGUGGCAACAACGAAAUCAGUGAGUCUUGUAAAGACUCUACGUCCAUAUUGCAGUGUUUAUUAGGUAUCAAAAAAGAACACAUACUCUUUUUUUCACCACAUUUAAGUGAUGUUAAAUGGAAAAAAGAAUCGCACGGUUUGGUAAAAGUGCAUAUUGGCGGAACACUUCAUCAAGGUGUUGGGAGAAUGGUUGGAAUGUUUGAACAACAAUUCAUACUCAGAGAAGAUCCUCAAGCAGAAAACACAUGGAAAAUUCUUAACACAAAUUUUAUGAUGAAAAGUAUGGAUUUAAUAACAGCUGGACCUACCUUAAGUAUACAAGGACCCUGCCAAACAAACAAUUUACAAAUUGAUAAUGUUUAAUAGCGCUGUCAAUACAUUAGAUAAACUACUUGUGCAAAGUUAAUUUUUUUUUAUAUCAACUGCUUUGAUUUGAAUAACUCAAUUAUAUGAAAAUAUGUAACAUUGUUUA